AUGCCCCUGUGUUCUGAUGCCCAACAUUCUGCAUGGGCGCCCGGGAGUGGAUACCGUUACGAUGGUCUCUACGAAGUCACGUGUUUCGAUAUUGUCAGAGAUCCUUCAGGACUCACGGACUACAGAUGUCUGCUCUCCCGCAUGGAAAGGCUUGAGCAAGAUCGCUACGCCCUCCCCAUCAAAUGGGACAUGCACGGAUGGGCGCACACAAAAGCCAACGAAGGGCGAGACCGGCAACGCGCAGAAGAUGCCGGCCUAAAUACCCCCAACAACCUCCUUGAGCGGAGAAAAGUCCGCCGCCCUCAAGAGUCCACCGCCUCCCAGUCACGGCCCACGUCUGCCCCACACCCGCCGCCGCCUCCUCCCCGUCAGUCCUUCCUGACUCCUUCCCACCAACGCCCGCCCCUUCAAGACUUGGCCAACCGCAACCGCCCGGCCAACCCACCCCUUGCCGCUACAGCCGCCCAACUGGGAUUCCUACAGAGCUCCAUCACGAGAGAAUCUUUGGAGAAAAUCAAGUUUACUCGCAAGCCGGCUGCUCCGGCUGCUGGCUCCUCCAAAAGGCCUGCAUCCCCUCCUGCCGCCCAGACCCAACUCCCUGCCCCUGCCCGUCCCCCUUCUCCUUGGUUGCCCUCAGCUGCCAUCCCCACAGCUCCUGCCUCGCUGAAAACAGGGCCAACAAGCGCCCCAGCUUGUGCGGCCUCUCCUCCAAAGUUUCAGCCAGCUGCCAGCCCCGCAGCUCGUCCGCUGGAGAAAACAGCACCCAUCAACCCCCCAGCUCGUGCUGUGCUGCCUCUCCUCAGUUCCACACUUUUCUCAAGAUUGGAAUGGAGGCAUACCUGA